AGCCUCUAAUCUUCAUCAUGGCUUCAGUAACCUCAGCCACCGUCGCAAUCCCAUCGUUCACCGGUCUCAAAUCAACAAUCUCCAAACCCUCCGCCGUCGUUAGAAUCCCCAUGGCCGCAACAUCAUCAAAGCUCACCGUGAAGUCAUCUCUAAAGGACUUCGGAGUCGCGGCCGUAGCGGCUGCAGCUUCCAUCGCUCUGGCUGGAAACGCCAUGGCGAUAGAUGUUCUCUUGGGAUCAGGAGAUGGAGCGUUAGCUUUCGUUCCCAACGAGUUCACAAUAGCGAAAGGAGAGAAGAUUGUGUUCAAGAACAAUGCUGGAUUCCCACACAAUGUUGUGUUCGAUGAGGAUGAGAUCCCAAGUGGUGUUGACGCGAGCAAGAUCUCCAUGGACGAGCAAGAUCUACUCAACGCUGCCGGAGAGACGUACGAGGUUGCCUUGACUGAGCCUGGGACCUACAGCUUCUAUUGUGCGCCGCAUCAGGGUGCUGGUAUGGUCGGUAAAGUCACCGUUAACUAAAUAAAAUGUGAGUGAAGUGAAAGAGUGUCUCUAAACAAAAGUAGAGGCUUUUCUGUCAGUCUUACAUAAAGGUGUUUUUGUAAUUCUAAAGAGUGUUGAAUCGAAUGGACCGUGGUUGUUAUAGUAUAACUGGUUGGUUCUAUAAAUGGUUUUUCUUGGUUUAUAAAUUA